AUGGUUAAAGAUGAGAAAACUGGGAAUUGCUAUCGUGUCGAUCACUUGCUCAAGGACUUCUGCAGUGAAAAUCUUCAAAAAGACCUUUCCAUAACUGCCAAGGAGGCUGCAGAACUGAAGCGCAUACUUGCUGUUUUGGAUGAUCUUUCAGCUGAAGAGCAGGGUGCCAAACUUAAGGAGUAUGGCAUUACAACUCCAGACACUAAGAAUCCACUUUCUGAUCCAUAUCCAUUCAAUCUUAUGUUCCAAACAUCAAUAGGCCCAUCUGGCUUGAGCCCUGGGUUCAUGCGGCCAGAAACUGCACAGGGCAUAUUUGUUAACUUCAAAGACUUGUACUAUUACAAUGGGAACAAGCUUCCUUUUGCUGCUGCUCAAAUUGGCCAGGCUUUCAGAAAUGAGGUUUCUGCCAGUUUAGUCAUGGUGCAUUUGAUUGAGAAAUUAGCUGCUGGUGAUACUGGAAGUUUAUCUGUAUCAAUACUUCAGAAGAUGAGCACCAUGUCUAAAAAGGUAUAUUGAGAUGAUUUCUUUGGAGCAAUUCUUGACAACAUUUGUAGUUAAGGCCUUUAGAAUGGAAGAAUGUAUUUCACUAAUUUUUGUAUACAUUUCUUGUUUUGUAUUUAGUGAUAAAGGAAUAUGAAUUUGGCAUAAAUUAUGUUGUAAUAUGAUUUCUUAAGCCUAGACUAGUAGACUAAAUAUUGUAAAUACAUUUGAGUAAUUAAUAAAAAUCUAUUUAUGUUAA